AAUAAUGAGCAGUCCAACGAACAGUCCUCCAUAAAUCAAGGUUUUAGCAAAAAUUACGGUACACUCUCAGCGUCGACGCCUACGCUUACUGCGGAUAAUCUCACUUACUCCUGGUAUAAUUUGGAUGUUUUUGGGACGGUACAUCAACCUGGCUCGGGUUGGAAGCAGCUGUUAAAUCGGGUGAAAGGUAUUUUCUGCAACGAACGGCAUAUACCCGCACCGCGCAAGCAUCUGCUAAAAAAUGUCUCCGGUGUCGCUUACCCUGGCGAAUUACUUGCUGUGAUGGGCAGCUCAGGCGCCGGCAAAACCUCACUCCUCAACGCGAUUGCCUUUCGCUCAUCAAAAG